AUGUCAUUUCCACAAUUUCCACAAGAAAUCCUUAAACAAAUAUUUCAAGAAAUUUUUGGAUAUCGAGGUUGCUAUCGUAGUCAAGAAAACAUCAGUAAUCUCUACUCUUGUUUAUUAGUGAAUAAAUCCUGGUGUGCAGCUGCCGUACCAAUAUUAUGGUCAGAAAUAUUCUAUCCCACUAAAAUAGGUGCCAUAACAACUUAUCUAUCAUGUCUGGGCACUGACAAGUUAAGGACGAUUGCGGAUUCUGGCAUAAGAUUGCCUUCCUUAUUAUCACAAAAACAUCUUACCUCUUUUCCUCCUAUACUUUCAAAUAAAAAGAUACCAAAUGAAACAAAAAUAAGUGAUAAUAAUGUAAUGUUUGAUUAUCCUUCCUUUUUGAUAGAACUAAAUUUUGAUAAAUUGCUGAAAUCUGUAUUCUCAUGGUGUCAUACAUAUCGAAAUAACUCUCAUCGAAUACCAAAAAUAUCAAAAUCCUCUUCUCUCUCUUCAUCUCUUUCGUCGUCUUUUUCAUCAUCUCUUUCGUCAUCUCUUUCGUCAUCUCUUUCGUCAUCUCUUUCGUCAUCUCUUUCGUCAUCUCUUUCGUCAUCUCUUUCAUCAUCUCUUUCAUCGUCUCUUCCAUCAUCUCUUUUCUCAUCCACCGUUACUUCAUCCACUCGUUCAUCUACAUAUUCUUCUCCCGACACGUCAAUGAUUUCAUCAGAAUUCUCAUAUUACCCUUCAAUACAUUCUCAAAAACCUGAAAUUGCUAUGCGAGCAGAAUGUGUCCUACGAUCAUUAUUACAAUUAUUCUCUUUACGAAAUAAUAAAAUUCAAUAUUUCUCAUUUAAUUCAGUACCUGGUUAUCUUUUGAAUGAUGAAUAUUUUGAGAAUUUGAAAAAUAUUGAUUUUCACGGACUAUUAUGUGAACGAGAAACUCUGGGACUGUUUGAAAAUGUUAAAGAGUGUCGACUAGAAUGGGAUGCUAUGGCAGUGGAUGGUUUACUUGAUGCGUUUGGAUCAAAUUGUAGAAAUUUGGAAACAUUAAAUGCGAAUUUUUCACAUGAUCCGGAAUACGCCAAUCUUAAUAUAAACAAACAACAAGCCACAGAUUUGGCGAUUCUUAUUUCUUCACAGACUUCAUUAAAAUCUUUUGUUCUACAAGAUUAUCAAUAUUUUACACAUUACUUUUUAAAAGCACUUCAAACGCAAACGAUUACUAUCGCAAAACUUGAAUUUUAUUCAGUAGAUUUUAAAGGAUGUCAUUCAUUUGAUGUAAUAGCUCGAUGUGAUCAGUUGGAAUUAUUAGUAUUUGAAGAUUGUAUGAAUAUCUCUAUGGAAAUGGCAGCCCCAUUAAUAUAUGCUAGUUUACCAAAAUUAAAAUAUGUACAUAUUCGGAAUCCAUAUUCAUCAAGGGCCUCAUCAAGAUCUUCUUCGAGAUCUCGAAAACAAUAUCAAAAUGAUAUUGAUUCACAAUAUAGAUCACUAAUAUCGGUUAUGCAUCAUUGUCCUUCGACGUCAUCCAUUCAUCAUCUACAUCAACAGCAACUUUCGGAUGUAGAUUUUAUUACUGUAUGUCCAGAACUUAUUCAAUGGGCUUAUCGACGAAAUAAUCCAAGACUAUGGUGGUCAUCUGAAUGGUGGAAAAAACAAUUGACACCUCAAACACUUUUAGAUUUUAAUUAUCUCGAUUUUUUCGUUGAUUGUGGAAGAAUGAUCUGGUAUACAUUAGGAUUUUUAAUAUUUCUAUAUUUAUUUGUUCCUUUUUUUGUGGGAGUUACCAAUUUGGCGGGAAAGUGGAUAGUGAUUAAGAUAGGUGGAUAUUUAGGAGUUGAAGUAAUAAAUAGCGAUAGAAGUUUUGGACAUUUAUGGAGAACUGGAGGAUGUAGUCCAAAAGGAAAUUUGGAUUUUAUUCAAUAA